CUGAGGUCAAUUGAAUAUUGCUAGUCCUCUUAACAAUAUGCGUGUCAAUUUAAGGAUAGAUAGGGAAGAAUGAGAGAAAAGGCCAUCACUACCUAGGUAACCAUGGAGGAUGUCAUUGUGUGUGUCUCUCUUCAUCGAACAAGUAUGGCGGGUAACUAACGGGAGAACGGGGACUGGAAUGCCUCAGGCUUGGAGGAGGACUUCUCAAGAUCUAACAGUAACAACAGUAUCAACAAUAUUGAUAUUACUUGGUAGAAGAGCCACCAGCCACUUGUCCGAGGAAUUCCCAAGACUCAACAGUAGACGUGUAAUUGGGAGAUUGGGGGUGAUUCAGUCAGCCCUAUUACCCUACCAAUGCUAUCAUUAGCAUUACUCAAUUCCUUAUACUAACUAUGACGACGUUUUUCUUUUUUUCCCUUCAAUAAC